AUCGUUUUGUAAUGUGAUAAUUCCCAAUUUUGAAGUCGUGAUUACGAGCGUGUUGUGGUGCUUUGUUGUCAAAAAAUAAUGGACGACGUCAUUCAUACUUGUGUGUGUCAUAAGAAAUUGUUAUUUAAACACUAAAACAUACUUUGAACGAUUAUUUAUAUAUGUAAAUAUGUAGGUACUACUGUAAUGACACGGCAAUGAAGUCGUUGCGUAAAAAAACAGUAAAGCAGCAUACCUGUCACAACAGAAAUAUUUCUUCCAUUCUCUCCAUUUUUAAGUUUGAGGCCCGCCCAUUUUGUGAACUUCCCAGAGUUAAACACGACGUCAGGGGGCGUUCCAGCACGCGAUGGCAGCAUAAAACUGGCAAAAAGAAGUGAGCCAAUGAUAGAAGAUGACUUCUGACCCAGAGCAGCUUCUGGAAACACUGGAUGAGCUGGACCCACAGAAACUUAAGAGGUUUAAGUUUCACUUAAAACAGAUUGAAUCGGUUUUAGCUGAUGAACUGGAGAAUGCAGAUGUUACUGACACAGUGGAUAAGAUGGUGGAGCGUUUUGGACCAGAAAGAGCUGUAAAGAUCACACAGGAUAUCCUGAAGAAGAUGAAACAAAUUCAGCUGGCUGAAAAGUUAGAGAAAAACAACAGGGAAGUGCCAAGUACUCCAGUUCUUGUUUCCAGUCCAGUUUGCUCAGAAAUCUCAUUUGGAGUGAAUGCUGAAACUGGUGCAAGUGUGAAUGCUCCUUUUAUCAGUGGAAACACUUUCACAGGCUCAGUACAAAUAUACGGCAAAGACCAACAAAUACCUUUAUUGCCGGAGCCUGAGAGGAAACAUUCAAGGACACAAGGGGAUUCUGUCCUUUACAAAUUUUUACAAAGUUUCUGCCCAUAUGAAACUGAAGAAUUUGUCCUGCGAAAAUUCCUGAAACAUCACAAAGCCGGCAUGAAGAAGAAAACAGAACGUGUUUUCGAAAGCAAGAAAAAGCGUAAAGUACACCUGAAGAACGUUUACACAGAGCUCUUCAUCACAGAGGUUGAUACUGAGGAUAUCAGUGAGGAACAUGAGAUUUACAACAUUGAGAAAAGUAUAAGGGGACACAAAUCCCAUGAUAAGCCAAUAAACUACAAUGAUAUAUUCUGUCUGCUUGAUCAAAAUGAGGAGAACAAAACUGUGAUCACUAAAGGCAUCGCUGGUAUCGGAAAAACCUUCUCUGUGCACAAGUUCAUUCUGGACUGGGCUGAAGGAAAAGCCAACCAGGACAUAGACGCCGUUUUUCUACUUCCAUUCAGAGUGAUCAACUUGAUCAAAGAUGAAGAGAUCAGUUUUCAUGAGUUUCUACAGGAAUUUUAUCCUGAAAUGAAGAUGCUGAAUGACACAAUGAUAUACAACUUUAAGCUUUUGUUUAUCUUUGAUGGUCUUGAUGAGAGUCAACUUCCAUUGAACUUUAAAAGUAGAAGUGUAAAUAACGUUAAUAAGAAAUCAUCUAUAGAUGAACUGUUUACAAAUCUGGUUAAAGGUCAUCUGCUUUCAAAAUCUCUCAUCUGGAUAACCUCAAGACCAGCAGCAGCCAAUCAAAUCCCUCCUGAGUUUGUAGGUUUGUUCACAGAGGUUAGAGGAUUCACUGACCAGCAGAAGGAGGAAUACUUCAGAAAGAGAAUCAAAGAUGAAACUCAAGCAUCUAAAAUAAUCUCUCACAUAAAGACAUCUCGUAGUCUCUACAUCAUGUGCUACAUUCCUGUCUUCUGUUGGAUCACAGCCACAGUACUUCAUAAUAUUCUCAUGAAGAACAAUGGACAGGACAUUCACGCAACACUCACUGAAAUGUACAUUCACUUCCUGCUGAUUCAGAUGAACAUGAAAAAUGAGAAAUACGAGGACAGAGAGGAAAGAGAUCAUACAAAGGUCUUAGAUUCUAAUAAAACUAUAGUUUUGAAGUUGGCCAAGCUAGCGUUUGAACAGCUGAAGAAAGAUAACACAAUGUUUUGUGAGGAAGAUCUUAAAGAAAGUGGUAUUUAUUUCAGUGAAAUCUCAGAGAGCACAGGGAUGAUUGCAGAGAUGUUCAAGAAGGAAGCUGGACUUCACGAGAUGAAGGUCUUCCAUUUUGUGCAUCAAAGCGUUCAAGAGUUCCUCGCCGCCCUGUACGUGUUCUUCUGUUACAUGAGCAAGAACAUGGAUGAACUUUGCUUUUUCUUUGAAGAGCGACAGGAUUAUAUAUUACUGCAUGACUUACUGAAGAAAGCGGUGAACAAAACUGUGGAGAGUCAUAAGGGACAGUUAGAUCUUUUUCUACGAUUUCUGCUGGGCAUUUCACUGGAAUCCAAUCAGAAACUACUGAAAGGUCUCCUCAGCAACACUGAAGACAGCAGAGAAAGCAUCAGAGAAACCAUCAAAUACAUCAAACAGUUUCAAAGCCAGCACAUUGCAUCUGAAACAUCAACCAACCUUACGUUCUGUUUAAGUGAGUUAAAGGACAACUCGCUGUUGAAGGAAAUCCAGACAUGUGGACGAUCAGAUGUAUCUCUAGAAAGACCUAUCAGGGACUUAUCAUCCUCUAUGUGCUCAGCUCUGGCCUACAUGAUCUUUAUGUCAGAAGACGUGCUGGAUAAGUUCAACCCGAAACUCUAUGAGACAUCUCCGGCAGGUUAUCUGCAACUAGUGUCCGCUGUGAGAUGCUGCAGAAAGGCCUUAUUUGACAGUUGUGGACUCAAUAACACCUGCUGUGAAACUGUGGCUUCCGCUCUACAAUCUUCAAACUCACCUGUGAGAGAUCUGGACCUGAGUAACAAUGACCUGCGGGAUUCAGGAGUGAAGCUCAUCUUUGAUGCUCUCAGGAGCCCCAACUGUAAACUAGAGAUACUAAGACUGGCCAUUUGUAAUCUGACUGGUGAGUGUUGUAAAAGUUUCUCUUCAUCUCUACAAUCAUCGUGGUGUCUCCUGAGAGAUCUGGACCUGAGUAACAAUGACCUGCAGGAUUCAGGAGUGAUGCCCAUCUCUGAUGCUCUCAAGAGUCCAGACUGCAAACUACAGAUACUGAGAUUGUCCAUGUGUAAUCUGACUGCUGAGUGUUGUGAAAGUUUAUCUUCAUGUCUUCAAUCCUUAAACUCAUCUGUGAGAGAUCUGGAUGUGAGUAACAAUGACCUGCAGGAUUCAGGAGUGAAGCUCAUCUCUGAUGCUCUCAAGAGUCCAGACUGUAAACUACACACACUGAGAUUAUCAGGUUGUAUGGUGACAGAUGAAGGUUGUUGUUAUUUGGCUUCAGCUCUGAGUUCAAACCCAUCAUCACACCUGAGAGAGCUGGAUCUGACCUACAAUCACCCACAACACUCAGGACGACAGAUGCUCUCUCAGAUACUCAAUGAUCCCAAGUGUACACUGGAGAAACUCAAUCUUGACCACGGGGGAGAAUUCAGGAUUAAAACAGGGCUACAAAAAUAUGCCUGUGAUCUCACACUAGAUUUAAACACAGCAAACACUCAUCUCAAACUGUCUGAAGACAACAGAAAGGUCACACGUGUGAUAAAGUCUCAGUCAUAUCCUGAUCAUCCAGACAGAUUCGAUGAGUGUCUUCAGGUUCUGUGUGAUGAGAGUCUGACUGGACGCUGUUAUUGGGAGAUUGAAUGGAUGGGGAUGGAAGCUGAUAUAUCUGUGUCUUAUAAAGGAAUUGGCAGGGAAGGGAAACAUAAUGACUGCUGGUUUGGAUACAACAAAAAGUCCUGGAGUUUGAUCUGCUCUCGUAACAGAUUCACUGCCUGUCACAAUAAUAAGAAAACACACAUACCUGUCUCGUUAGCUCCAUCUAAUAGAGUAGGAGUUUAUCUGGACUGGUCGGCUGGCACUUUGUCCUUCUACAGCGUCUCUGAUACACAAACACUCACACACUUACACACAUAUAACACAACAUUUACUGAACCUCUGUAUGCUGGAUUUGGAGUGUAUUUUAACUCCUCAGUGUGUCUGUGUCAAAAUACUUCUUUAUAGUAAUGAUCUUAGUUAUUUAAUUCUCGGAAGGACUAAGAAUGCAGCAGGAAAACAUUGAGAUUUCAACAUUGUUCACCCUUGCAUGUUUUAAUAGAAACAUUAACCCACCAAAUACACACAAUAAAUAAAUUGAACGUUUAUUCAUAAGCCAUAAAUCUGUAGGGUUCCAUACAGAAGCUUUAAUCGAGCCAUCUGGUUUAAAAGAACAUAACCAUGUUAACCAACCAAUCAUCUCUACCUCAUUCAUUUUUGCUUGGACUUUGCGAAAUUGUUCUGUCUUUAUAAGGAAAGAUAAUAGUGAUUUACCAUUCAGUUUCUAAAGAAAGCUGGACAAUGUGAUCUUUUCAUGUAAGAAUUCUUAGUAUUGAGUAUAUAAUAAAAUCAAUGUGAAAUGUAAAAAGGAGUAUAAAAAGGGGAAACUGUGAAGUUAACAAAGUUUUAAAACUAGUAUGAGUACUAUGAACUUGUAUACAGUUUUAUCACUUAGAAAAUUAACUAUGGUUUAAUACAAAUAAAAACAAAAACACAGAAGAAACCAACUGAAACGGGUAGAACACCACACAGAAAGACCUG